CGAAAGUCUGCUCGGUCGCUGACGUGUAUAAAAUAUCGAGGGACAGGCGGUGCUUUUUGAGCUAUUUAUUUUAUUUUCCUAUAGAAUAUAAGCGGCGUGUUAAAGCGCAACCGUAAAAUAGGAAAAUGUUAAAGUUAGGUCUGAUUCUUCUCUUCGUGAUGGUCGCCUGUGGGCCGACGUGGAGUGCCCGCACCGUAGACAGCCACCUGGGACAAAAAGAUCUCAGCCGCCUGCAAAAAGUGUUCGUUGACGGAUUCGGCUCAAGUGACCUGCAGUCCAUCUUCUUCUCCAGCCUAAACAUUCAAUUGACAGACGCCACGCAAAAGGAGCCGCUGUGCAAGAAGAUUGCCGCUCUUCACGCGGAAUCCAAGCUGAACAGUUUUGAAAAGGACUACUACUACAUUGGUGCAAGCAGGAACCUGGGUUGCUCCGCGAAAAUUGACGAGGGUCUGCUCUCCAAAGUGUAUGGUUCCCUGAAUUCGGAACUGGGCACCUCCCAGGAGAUCUUCUACCGCGUUGUCACACACAAAGUUCUCGGCGUGGAAAUCAAUGAAGUCACUCAGGGAAAACUAGUGAAGCGCCUGCAAGAACUGCUCAAAAAGGACGACACACUGAGCGGUCUAGGCUACGCCUUUAACGUUGCUCCACUACUUGGUGCCAGUGCCUCCUUUAUCGCCAACCGCGUGGAGGAUGCCAUCGUGCAAGCGGAUGAAGUUGACGGCAAGCUUCUGCAAUUUGAAGGCGGCCUUAGCAUCACUUCCCUGAUCAUCAAUGGUGCUUUUGGUGUCAGCAAGACCUUUAACAAGCCCUUGCCCAUUACUGCUGAACAGGCUGUCAAGUUCGCCAACUACUUCCUCAGCCGCCGAUCCGUCCAAACAGCUAAGGGAGCUCAUGUAUUGAUCGAAGCGCUAAAGACCAUUAGUGGAGCCGAUAAGAUUGCACCCGUUUGCGUGCAGCUCAUUGGCAACGGGCAGCUGGAAGCCCAGUCACCCACUCUAAAUGUGGCUGUUGUUGAUCUUCUCGGCAAGCCAUUGUCUCCUGCCCCCAAAACCAUCAAUGCCAAGGUGACCCACAAGGACAGCUCUGUGCUGGCUGAGAAAAUCGCUGUAGUCUCGAAAUCCUCCGACAAGACCACAUAUGUUGCUGAUUUGGCAAGCUUGAAACCAGCCCGCGGCAUCUAUCAGGCAGAGUUGAGUGCCGAUGGCGUGUACACUCAAACCCUGCAGUUCAAGGUACUCGGCCGUGUCAAGGUUAAAUCCUUAGAGGUAGGCAUUGCUGAAUCUGAUGCCAGUUCUGCCACUCGCAAGCAGAGUGUGGCCUAUCCAGGCAAACUGCAGGAAGUUCUCUCUGCUGACAACACUCAGAAGUUGCUGCUUAAGGCCGUCCUGGUGGAGGAAUCCAGCGGCAAGCCAUUGACUGUCCAUCAGGCAUUCGUCCGUCUGUACAACAAGAAAACAGACAAGGAGAUCAUAUUUGUGGCCGAGCAGGAUAGCAACAAGGCUUACAAGUUUGACAUGGAUGUGGGCAACAAUGGAAAGAAUUUCAACUACCAGAGCGGCACCUACAGCAUUUACCUAACCGUGGGCGAUGCCUCUCUGUCCAACUCCUUUGAGUGGCUAGUGGCCGAAGUCCAAUUGAAAUUCAGCGAGGAAAAGGAAAUCAAGCCCAAAACCACUUCUGGUCCUCUGCCGGAAAUUAUUCAUCAGUUCCGUGUACCCGAUAAGCGCCCGCCUCGCAUUGUGUCAGACAUUUUCACCGGACUGUGCAUAACUCCGCUCGUUUUGCUUUUCGUUUUCUGGGGCAAGCUGGGAAUCAAUGUAUCCAACCUAACACUGGCGCCCAGUACACUCGGUUUUCACCUGGGCUUCGGUGGCAUCCUGGUGCUGUUCUUUGUCUUUUGGCUGCAACUCAAUAUGUUCCAGACACUGCGUCUGCUGAUCCCCAUCGCAGUAUUUACAUUCCUGGCCGGCAACCGAUUGCUUAGGCGCCUUUAUGCACAACGUAAUUCAAAGCCAAGUGCGUCGUAAGUCCGUUUUUUAUUGUACGAAGUCAAUAAGUGAGCUACUCUCUAUCUUGCAAAUCCAUCGGAAAACAAACUUAAAUAAAGCGAUUUAGUUAAGCCCAAUCCACACUAA